AUGGCCAAUUGUAGAAUUCCAUCAACAAACGCAAUUGGGUUUUGCCUUCUUCCCUCAGAGCUCAUAGAAAGAAUUCUACUCUGCUUGGCCUUGCCGGAGAUAAUCCGGUUCAAAUUGGUAAGCAAAAGUGCGGCUGAAAUCAUCUGUAACCGAGACUUCAUACGCCAGUGCAACUCCCAAUGGAGCUCCGCCACGUGGCUCUUUCUCUACAAGAAAAGGCGCCGUUGCGACUCCGUGCUCGACGGCUUCGCCGAUCACUCCGACCGGUGGUUCCAGUUCUCGAUCUCCGAUUUGUUAAGGCCCGCAAUUUUUCCCGGGGAGGAUCUUUUUUUCUUGACGGCGAGUGGUCGACGUGGCACUUGUUCGUGGCGGAGAUCGGGGAUGAAAUUGGUACCUAGUCCAACCGGAUCGGUCAAUUUCCGCUUCUUAUUUGCGGAGUUGGUCGAGAAUCGUGCAAUCGUGUUUGAGUACAAUUCUGAGUCUGAAACGUGGCGGUCCAUGGAAGCUAAAGAAAGUGACGGAAGUUUGCCACGUGUCGGUGAAAGACAAGGGGAUUAUAUUUUCCUAAGCUUAAUUAAUCGAGUGAGCGAAAGCGUGAUAGUUGCAAUAAAACUCCAGAGUAGUACACCUAUAAUUUUACAGCCGAGAUUUGAAGGGAGACGCAACGACAACGGGCGAUUGACUGUUGGAUUUAGUUGGGGGAACGGGAUUGAUAGGCUACACGUGUACGGUGAUGGCUUCAUGAUGAUCGUGAAAUCGGACGGCGUUUAUCAAACGGGCACAAGAGUAAGGAUGUUGAGUGGUAUAGAAAUGUGGGGCAUGGGAUUGGAUGGCAGGCAAUGGGAAUUCAUAUCUGAGCUACCAAAUUCAUUGAUGCUGAAAAUUAACAAGCCUUAUGGGGCUAUGACAGGUUGUUUAGAGGGAAGAAAUGGUAGGAUUAAGGCUGUUUUGAUGUCUAACUUUGAGGGAUUAUGGCACAUAAUUUGGGUGUGUUAUGACAUGGAGAGGAAAGAGUGGACAUGGGUCCCACUCCCUGAUUGCAAGAUGAAGGGACUAAACAUGGCUGGAAUUGCCUUCUCCUGUGGCCUCUCCCUCUCUUGA